UGACCAGGCUGUGAUGCUAAAUGACCAGCAUGUGAUUGCUGCAUGAUAUUUUCGUCACUGGUAGAAACAGGUUUAAAAGCAAAUGUGAUUCCAGACAUGAACAGUAAUGACCACGGGAGAGGAUUUACCAAAGGAGAGGCUGUCCCAAAGAUCUUGAUAGUCCCAACAUCUCUGAGUUCAGUAACAUGCAAUGAGCCAAAGGAUUUUCUCACUGUGGCUCCUCCUACUUCCCAUCAUGCAUCUAAACUCAGCCACGAUGAGGAGCAGCUCCUGGCUAAGCUGGAGGAGCAGAACAGGCUGCUGGAAACUGACAGCAAGUCUUUAUGCUCUAUAAAUGGGGCACUGCAAAGUCCCUGCUCUUCAAAGGUAUUCUCGAUUGCGGAGGGCCCCUUGAGCCCAUGGGGCUGCAUCAUUAAGAACUGGGAAGAAUGGAGCAAGAAAAAGGUCAAGCAUCUGAAGGAGAUGAUCCGGAAGGGAGUCCAUCCUCAGUACCGGGCCACAGUGUGGCAACUGCUGUGUAGUGCACAUAGCAGACCCAUAGAGGUGCAGUACACACAGCUGCUCGAGAAGACUUGCCCAUGUGAGAAGUUGAUCCAAAGAGACCUGGAUCGAAUCUUCACCGUGCAUCAGCUCUUCCACGGACAGGAUGCCAGCUUCAAGAAACGGGUCUUCGACAUUCUAAAGGCUUAUUCGGUUCUAGACCAAGAAACUGGUUACAAUCAAGGAUCUGCAUUCAUAGUUGGGUUGUUACUCAUGCAGAUGCCUGAGGAAGACGCAUUCUGUGUGUUUGUGAGGCUGAUGCAGGACUUUAGGCUGCGAGAACUCUACCGGCCCCAUGCAGUGGAACUAGGCUGCUGCAUGUACCAGCUGGAAGGUCUGAUCCAGGAACAUCUUCCCGAACUUCAUUCUCAUUUCCAAACCCAUGCCUUGCACACCUCUAUGUUCUCUUCACCCUGGUUCCUCACCAUCUUUCUGUCCUGCCUGCCUUUGCCUGCAGCCUGCAGGAUCUUUGACGUGUUCAUGUGUGAGGGACUGGAGGUUGUAUUCCGUGUAGGACUAGCCAUUCUUCAGAUGACCCAUGCAGAACUUAUGAACCUCGAUAUGGAAAGCAUGAUGCAGUUCCUGGAGAAGAUGGCCCCGCAGCAGAUUGCCAGAGAUCCAGACGAGAUGAUCGCAACAGCGUAUCAGAUAAAGUACAGCUCCAAGAGAAUGAAGAAGCUUGAGAAAGAAUACACAGCCAUAAAAAUGAAGGAGAUGGAGGAAGAAGAAGAAAUCAAAAAGUUGCAUGCUGAAAAUAAAAGUCUGCGAAAGAGGAUUGACCUCCUGGAGAAAAGGUGCUCUGAAGACCUGGUCUGGCAGCUGGGGCAGGAGCUAACCCACAGCAGGCUGAGAGAGGUGGAGUGCCAGUAUAGUCUAAAGCAGAUACAAAUCAAGAUUCUGCUUGAGAAGGAAAGCAGCCCCGUUCCUGAUGAAGGCAUUCUACAGCACCUGCAGGAACAGCUGCUCAGUGGGAGACUGAGAGAAGAGGAGGCACUGAAUGGGUUCAGAGAGCUCAGACAGCACAUCAAAGAUCUUGAGGAGAAAUGGCAGCAGAAGAAAGGCACUACUUUGACUGACCUGCAGGAGGCCGUGAUGAGUGUUAGGUUGAGAGAAGCACACGCUCGAGUUCAGCUCGGACAGAGCCGCCACAAACUGCUGCAGCUUCAGAUACAGAACCAAAUCCGUGGUAACCAGCUGAAGCGCGUCACAGAGCUUACGUACAACCAGACGGAGCAUUUGCAGUCGCUGGCGACGCAAAACCGAAGCCUGCGGAAUAUGCUGCGACAGACCACGAAGGAAGCGCAGCACAAGAAUCCUGAAGAGGAGUGGAGAGGAUUGGCCAACGAUGACACCACUGUUGCUGAGCUGAAGGACCAUAUCAGUCAGUUGCAGAUCCAGAUUCGGAACCUUUCCCGGCAGAGGGAAGCAGUCAGACCGUCUCCGCCGCGCUUCUCCUCAUCGCCAGCCACCACACUGCAACGUAAUGACACUUGAGAGUGGGCAGCUUCCCUGCCGACUAGCCGUCGUGUCUCCAAGAUCAUGCGAAUAGAAGAGGGAUGUGGACAGUAGCCUUCUGACCGACCGACCCAUGGCUAACACGUGCACCCGGGCAGGCUGCUCGCCCCACCUGUGAGCAACAUUUUAGCAACACUAUCCUACGGAUGGUCCGGUGGUCACACACAUAUUCUUCACUGUGGUACGCUACAUUUGGUCACAAUUUGUCAUUAAAUCUUGAUAUGCUUGAACUUCCUCUUAAAGCUGAAGUUAUGUUAAUAAGUCUCUUAUAACAACACAACUGGACUGCUAUAGACGUAUGUAUAAAGCGAUACUAAUUAGCCUGCAUGGUUUGUGUGCCAGUACCGUUUCUGAGCCCUGGGUUCCGGCUCGGUGAUUUUUCUUUUCUUUUUUUUUUUUUCCCUGUGAUUUUUCAAAUUUAUUGUACACUUUAAUGCUGCUUUAGCAAAAAUAUGUCUUAAUAUAGAUAAUGUUUGCAGCGCCUCAAUUUAGAAAACACGAGGGAAUUUCGAUAAUAAUGGUUUGUAAAAUAAACGUUUCUAAAUGUG